GCUUGCGAAUGAACUGUCAACAAAUACUUUUUGUACACAAAACCAUACUGAACAAAAGACAGUAUCGAAGGCAUGCCCUGAGUUACUUUGCAAUUUGCCUGAACUACACUGUGCAAGAUUGUCUAAAGCGCAUAGCGUCUUAGGAUAUGAAAGUGUCAGACAUGAUAUUUUCAGUAAAUCUGAUGACAACAAGGAUUACUGUAAUUCAAACAAUGCAUAUCCAUCACUUCGUAACUCUCGUCGUAGAGAAAGUGCCAGAAUUCAUCCACACUAUCAAUCCGUUCAGUGCUCAGCUGCAGUUCUUCGUCCUCCACGCCCACCACAAAGAACAACUUCACUAGUCAGAGAUAAUCAAUCAGUUAGAUCUAACAGCAUUAUCAGUUCAGAUGCAUCAUACUCUUCCCACAGUAGCCCUAAUCGUAAUCCAACAUGCUCUAAGCAAGAAUCAAACAAUCAA